AUGGAAUUUUCUUUGUCGCGCCGGGUCGUCGUCACACCUGGGAUGGCCACGGGUUCCGCAGUGCUACGCUUAACGCCUACAACUCCGCAACAGCGGAAAUUCCCCGGAUGGGCAGCCUGGUCCAAGGGCUGUCAACCCGAAUUUUUGGAAGAACGUGAACCCAACCCCUACCAAAGUUGUGGACUGUGCCAUGCCUGCGUCCGCUACGGAAAACCUCGAAAAAUGGUGCUAUCAAAUCGGAUCAUCGAUCGUUUCCACCACGACACCAUCGGCAUGGUGGUGAUCGACGACAGCGGCGAGGUUUCAGCCGGAACAUCGACCAAUGGUGCCUGGUACAAGGUGGGUUUCCCUUGUUCACCUUUUUGUCACUUUUACAAUGUUGUGAGCACUCGUAACGAG